AUGUCUGAGCAGAAUGGCUCGAGUUUUGAGUGCUCUGCCUCAGGAGCAAAGAAAAACACUUUCCAAGUCACGCCCAACCCGCAUCUAGGCCUCAACUUCAUAGCACAUUAUGUUCAACGCUGCCCUUCGCGCCGUCCGCCCUGUCGUCUGUGCGCAGCGCGUGCAGGUCGAACCCCUUCCACCGCUUUCCGCGCUCUUUCUACUACCACUCCUCGUUUUUCGGGUCCCGCCCCUCCUUCACUCUUCGGAGAGGGUGCUAAGCCCGGUGAAAUUCCUUCCGACGAGCAGCAAGCAACUGGUCUAGAACGUUUCCAGCUUCUUGGGGAGAUGCAGGGUGUUGAUGCGUUCGACUUGGAGGCUCUUGACUCGAGUCGCGUGGGCACCCUCGCAGACCCGAUCAAAGUCUUUUCACUGGACACAUCUCGCAUUGUUGGAUGCACCGGUUCGCCAGCCGAAAGCCAUGAGUUGCAUUGGUUCACUGUCAAGAAAGAGAAAAAUCGCCGUUGCCCUGAAUGCGGCUCUGUCUAUGCACUUGAUUUCCAGGGCGUGGAACACCAUGAUGCUCACCACCAUUAGAAUGAGCAAUUGCUCAAUUUAAUUUAUUGCGGAGAAGCAGUGUCACAUGUUCCUGUUUAGAUCAUUGUCAACAUCUUGACGGCUUAUUCGUAUAAUCGUCGCGUGUGUGAACAAGAGAUUGUGUGCAGAGUUUUGCUGAACACCUGCAUCAAACUUUCGAAAGAUAAGAGAAAC